ACCCUCCUCUCCUCUCACCCUCCUCCUCCUCCUCUCAUCCACCUCCUCCUCACCUCGUCCCCCCCCCCCGUCUCUGGAGCUCAGAGGUUCUCAUCGACUCGUCCCAGCGUGCGGGGACUCGGCCAGCGCGACGCCCCCCAGGGACGCCGUUUUGCUGCUCCUCCUCCACGGCCGCAUUGAGGCCGCUGCGGGGGGCGACGAACAUGGCCGACGAUCCGGUAGGAGAGGAGCUCAGCUUGGUGAACGACAACCACCUGCCGGACCUCCUGCGGGAGCUGUGCGAGCUGCGCGAGAAGGGCUCCUUCUGCGACGUCGUUGUGGAAGUGCAGAGCCGGCGCUACCUGGCCCACAAGGCCGUGCUGAGCAGCACCUGCAGGUACUUCCGGAGCCUCUUCCUCGACGUGCCCUGCAGCUCCAUGGGGCCCUUCGUCAUCGACUUCCUGACCAUAAAGCUCUUCCACCAGAUUCUGGAGUUCGUCUACAAGGGGCACAUCAAAGCCGACAAGGUGGAGAUUCGCGACUUGUACAAAGCAGCCAAGGACCUCGGACUUGACUGCCUGGAGGAGAUCUGCCAGCGCACCGUGCCCUUGGAGUACCUCGAGGAGUGUUCAGACAGCGAGUCGGAGAUCUCGCAAUCUCUCAGCGACGCGGGCGCGCAGAUGUCGCCCUCGGCCGAUGGGUGCGUUGAAGACGGAGGGGCAAUUUCUGCUGAAAUUCAUAACGACGUUGACGGUGGAGGUAAAACGAACGCUAAGCACAAAGCUGAAAACUGCGUCACCAAAAAUAAGGGAGAGAAGAGUCGUCAAAGUAAUGAUGCCAGGAGCUCUGACAGUGUCCACAGCCAACCCUGCAAUGGCAACAAACCGCAAAAAAGUGUGAAGGCUGGAAAAAAUUCAGAGCAAGAAUUUUGCAUCUCCAAUGUGGAGAGCAUGUCACGCCGUGCAGGAGAGCGAGCUGUCGCAGAGGCACCGCCAGAUAAACACGACUCUGCUCAAAGGAGAGGAGAUUUAAAUUAUACUACCGUUGGCAUUUGCGAAGUUAAGAUGGAGCCUUUGGACGAAGAGGCGUUCAUAUUGCCUUCGCGCAAGGAAUCGUGCUUGAGUCACGUUGGACUGAAAGCAAACGACAACGAAAAUGAGAUGGUCCAAUCCUCCGAUGUAAAACACAGAGACCCCAACUCGCCCAUGCUUGGCAUAGAUGGCAGCAGGCACAUGGAGGUAAUCCACGCCAUGCAGAGUUAUCCGAUGGUGGCUGCCGACGGCAAGCUGCGUAACCAGCUGCACAUGAACGACUUUGCGCCGCGGUUGCCCGUGGGUGCCGCCGACUCGUUUGUAUUGUGCCAGGUGUGCGGUGAAUUCGUUCAGGAGAUGGGGCUGAAGGAUCACGCGGCCGUGCACCUCGACCUGGCGACCAUGGAGUGCAAGGUGUGUGGCGUCGCCUUCGGCUCGUUUGGCGAGGCCGUGGAGCACGUGCUCCUGCACACGGGCAUCACCGCCUCGCCCUGCGAGGGCUGCGGCGAGGUUUUCCUUUCCAAGGACAGCCUCUCGCUGCACGUGAGGGACUGCGGCAAGGGCGAGCCCAAGGACCACCUGGACGACUUCCAGAUGGACGAGUCGGAGGGGCUCGACGGCGGGCCGCCGGAAAGGGUGUUCUGCCAGGUGUGUGGCGUCUCCCUGCCCAGGAAGUUCCUCGCCGUUCGCAAGCACGCCAAGUGCCACGUGGACAGCGAGAAGCGCGAGUGCAGGGUGUGCGGCCGCAAGUGCAACUACCUGAGCAACGUCAUCAAGCACACGCUCAUCCACAUCGGCGUGUGCCUCUUCACGUGCGACAUCUGCGGCAAGAAGUUCCUCAACAGGAACAAUCUGAUGGCCCACCGGCGCAGGGUGUGCCUGAACUCGCGGUGCUACCUGUCGGAGGGCGCGUGGCAGCACAUGGUGGACGAGAACCACCCGCUGGGGGAGCUCGAUCUCUCGCACUCGUCGGCGACGGCGGACGGGCCGGAGGAGGUGCUCGGCACAGACGUGUCCGAGUAGCGACGUCGCGGGGAGGGGAAAAAAUCGACCGUGAAUCCCUUUAUUUCCUCCACCGCUGCCUCUGUCCUCCUCUGACAACCUUUCGUCAGCCACCGGUAUUAUUUAACAACAACAAAAACCCAACGGGAGUGAUUCGUAGUUAUUGAAAGGAAAACGUGUGAAUUUCAAUAUUUGUAGUAUUUGGCAUUUGUUGUGGUUUUUUAAAGUAUUUAUUUGAUUUGGAAAGGAUCGUAGGUCUUGAUUGUAAUCAGAUAGUCCGGCGCAAGGUUAAUGUUUCGUGUGAUUUAUAGUUUUACGCAAUACGCUCUUGAAGAUCCUCCCACAUGUUACCUUCUUUUUUGUUUGUGAAAUUUUUUUUAAAGUUACAUGUGAUCGUGCUGAAAUGGCAAGUUCAAGUGAUUUUGAACAUGUAAAAUGUUCACUGCUUGUACUGUCAGGCUAUUCUUAGAAUAACAAGUUUCUCAUCACUGUAGUUAAACAAUAGGUUGUUUUUUUAUAACAGGCGCUACGUUCCUAAUAGAUAAAACAUAUUUUGAAUAAAGUAUUUUAUUUAAAGUACAAAAAACACAAUGAAAAAGUAGAGUGUGUUAUUAAAUAUGCCAGCUUAAGAUAGUGUUUUAUAUAUUUUGGAUUAUAAACUUGAAUGAUAACAUUAAGCCUUCCUUGGUUACAAACAAUGUCCAGUUUACAGAAACAUGUGAGGUCUGUUCUUUAAUACAAAAUUUCUCCUCUGUUCAUGAGGCCAGCAGACUUGAACCGCUUGUACACAGGGGGACAUUCAACAUUAACAUUUUCACAGAAUACAUGUUUUGUCUGAAUGACACCUGUCAUUGCUAAAAAGCAGUUGAUAUUGUUAAGCAAUUAAAAUGCAUUACAUCAGCAGCUCACUUGCUAACAACUGCAUCACAUUGCUGUCUGUGCUCUGCGAUUUGUAUAAUUGAAGAAACUUUAAAAAUGCCUAAUGGGCCCUGUAUGUUAAAGCGUGGUAAAAAAAAUAGGCUACCAAUUGAAGUGUUUUGUUAAGCAUGUGUGCGGGAUGUCCAUAAAAGUAUUGUUAUGUACAUUAUUAAACAAUUACCAUUCGGCGGCAGAACGUAAGCACGGUGUCACAACCGGACUUAAAAUGUUAAAAGUGGUUGGUUGAUGAGCAACUGGGUGAGUCUAGAAGCAGCGGUUCUCAACUGGGGGGUACGCGGAGCCCCCUAGCGGUGGGGGGGGGGCGGUACGUGUUAGGUGAUUUAUAAAUGUGUGAAAUUAUAUCGCGAGAGUCAUCGGUGAAUAAUCACGUAUGAAUCUGCCAAUCUAAAAUAACUACGAUAACAUUUAAAUCCUCGCGGUAACCGAGAACGACAUCAAAUAUCUCUUUCUAAAGCUCGUCGAUCGUACGCAAUGUGGGGUUUCCAAGAGUCGUUGGCGAGUGCGAACAGAUCAUGUCACUCGCGUACGGGGCGUCCGUGGAAUUGUUUUUAUUCCGCUAGCAUCUACUCGCCAAUUAGGAUACUUCACAAAAUGGACAAUUGGUUAAAAUAUCGAUGUUCAUUGUACACUUAUUUCUCAGAACCUUAUUGGGUCAGGCAAGGGGGUUAUCGGGUGAAACUAAAUUCAGCAGAGUAGUGGCCAAAACAGGUUGAAAAUCACUGCUCGAGAGCAACCCCUCGCGUACACUGCAGGUUUUAAGAUUCUAACAUUUAAGUCGCCCAAGCAAAAUCCAGGAACCCAAAUGGAACAAAAUAACAUAACACUUGAAAGCAACAAUAGUAAAAAAAAAACUUUCAGAUAGGUGACCGAAUGCUUAACAUUUUUAUAAGAAGAUAUCCAAUACAAAGAACAUGGUUUGCUCAAAUCGGAAGGGUUUGCUUUCCGCUGGUUAGCUUGCCGCUUAUUACCCGUAUACACAGAGUACCGUGUGCGGAUUUUUUUUUCCAGUGUCACAAAGGGUAUAUAUUUUUCCCCUAACAAUAGCACAUUCAUAGAGUACGCUUUAAAUAACAGCAGCACACGAGGAGAGCGAUUUUCCCUUACAUUACACAAGGAGUGUUUCUCCUUUCGUUAUACAGACUGUUUCUCCCAAUUCCACAAUCUGGACUGUUUCUUUCCGCGCAGUCAGAGAGUAUAUUUUUAUUUUGUCUUGGCAGGGGUCACCCCCCCCCCAUGCCGCACCACCACCUCAUAACUUUUACGCAGUUACACAUUUAACAGAGACUGACAGCUCAUCCGAGAUGAGACUUCGCUUCACACGAGUGCCUAGCCCUUGUCGUCCCCCCCCCCCAUCCUUUUCUCUACACAGUGUCAACUUGCACGCUCUUUUCAAACCUGGACUCAAUAUAUUGGACCCGCUUAGGCUCAGCCUGAUAAGUCUCGUCCACCACACGUGGACCCUCAUUGGUGGCCUGCCUCCGGGCUCUUGAAAAGGAUCAAAUAUAUACGUAUUCCUUUCUUAUACCACCGUACAUACAAUUUGUAUUUACUGACUUGCAAGCUUUAAAUGUGAGUUUAAUACCGGUGAGGUGCCCUUAUGUCUGACUUGGCCUUGUUCAGCCCUUGCUUGACAAUAUACCCACAAAAUGCUAUCGGCCCACGUUGGAAUAUUUUUCCUUCCUACUACUGUGCGUGCUUCAUCACCCAAGCGUAAUGUGAACUGAUUGUUAAGACCCAAUCUUACAUUGAGAAACACGUCACCCUGCUGCCCCCUUGAAGGAAGAUUGGGUAAUUCAUCCCCUCUUUUUUGCCAUUACAUUUCCCCAUGUUGACUCUAAAUUAGUUUUUUUUAAUGACUUGAACUUCUCACUUUUGGGGUUAUGUACAGGUUAAAUCACUGUCAGUCGGUCAUAAAAUCCAAUUAUAUUUUCUGCCCAGCAAUCAAUUGUAUUUUAGAAGCUUACCUCAUUUUACACACGUUUCGUCACAGACAUAAGCAACGUUGCCAACAUUUCGAGAAUGCAAUUCAAUCAUGUCUAAAUAUAUUUUUUGUUAACAAUGAUAAUGUAUAAUUAUAUAUAUCGCGUUCAUGGAAAUUACAUCUCACAGUUGAUGAGGAACCACCGUGAAAGGCAGCCAGGCGGUUAUCAGACGUCAACAAUUGCUCAAGGUCUGCAGUACUCUAUAUAUAGGUUGUUGGGUGAUAUCUUUAUGGACACCUUGUAUGCGGUGGGUUUAUUUUAAAUAUUUAUAUGAAUGUUGAAUUCGUUGUGGGAGUAAAAUAGCGCUGCAAUGCACGUUAAAACAAAAAAAAAAUCUCUAACGUGGUUACAUUUAUUUUUAAGCUAGAAACAUGAAUGUACCUUUCCUGCCUUUCAAAUAGCUGGUGAGCUCGACCCUGAUUAACUUUGGAUGUUACUGGGUGCAUUCAUGUUGUAGGCAAAUGGUUUUUAAAUGUUAAUUCAAAUUAUUGUAUACUGUAUCUCAAAAACCGUAGUUACAUGUCAACAAAAGCAGGACAUUUGGCAUGUUUAAUGCGUUGCUUUUACCUAGGUUUAGUUGCUAUAUUGAGUAGUGGUGGCCAGUACACCAAGUGCUGUGAUCCGUUUUGGUGAAUCUCAACGGAUUCUGCGAUCCACCAGAGCUACGACCAACCAUCAUCCAGAUUUCACCCUGUGAUAUACAAAUACCCAAAAACAUCUAUUUGAUAGUACUUUUUUUAAUGGAUCAAGUUUUAUUCAGGGGUGUUUUAUUUUGCUAUUGACCGUAGCAGAAUAAUAUCUAUGGGACCCCUUUUGCCAGUAUCAAAAUAUUGAGUAAUAAAUAGGGUCCUAUAGAUAUAACUGCUAAUCCCGAGCUAUUAAGGCAAUUGGCGUUUGCAUUAUCCGGAUACUGUUCGCCUUUUCGUGGCCUUUGGCCGAGCACUGGCGAGAACAAAGCAAUGUUAGGAGGCUCUCUGGUGUAGGCCAAUUCGGUAAUUAAUAUAUUCAUUAUCAAAGUAUAUUUGUUUCCAUUUUUACCACAAGUAUAUGCGGUGACUGCAGACUUAGGUGUCUAUUUGAUGUUUAAACAAUUUUACACACGUAUGUAUGCCAGAAAGGGUAAAACCUUUUUUUAUUAGUAUAGUGACAAACACGUUUGUUGCUUAUGUUAGUGUUCUUAUUUGUCCUGAGAUCCGCAAAAGUUCGCGUAUUGACCACCGUUGCCGUAGAGAAAGUAUAUUUAACUUGCAGUUGAUAGUAUUAGGGCAGGGCAAUAAUUGAUUGAGUUGUCUUAAUUGUUGCUAGCCCGAUGCAUAUGUGUAGAAGUCGAGGUGUUGAUGCUAUUUUAUGUUGGCACCGUUGUUUGAACGAGAGAACCCGGUCAUACACUGAAACGUGCAUCAGCAUGGCAUACACAAUGGCAUUUAAACGAAAAUUAAAAGUCUGAUGUACGGUAUUAUCUUGUCGACUUAACAUGCCUUUCGUGAAGCUUUACUUUUUCCGUUUCUCGUUUCAUAACAAAAACCACAAGGGCUACCAUUUUUUGGAAUUGUGUCUGUCUUUAUUUAACUCCUAGAAUUCAUUCCCGAUUGCUCCCAAUAAAGAUUACUACGACAAUU